CGCCAGGAUGGACGUGUUCAUGAAGGGCCUGUCCAUGGCCAAGGAGGGCGUUGUGGCUGCCGCGGAGAAAACCAAGCAGGGGGUCACCGAGGCCGCCGAGAAGACCAAGGAGGGCGUCCUCUACGUCGGAAGCAAGACCCGAGAGGGAGUGGUACAAGGUGUGGCUUCAGUGGCUGAGAAAACCAAGGAGCAGGCAUCACACCUGGGAGGAGCUGUGUUCUCUGGGGCUGGGAACAUUGCAGCAGCCACAGGUCUGGUUAAGAAGGAGGAAUUCCCUACAGAUCUGAAGCCAGAGGAAGUGGCCCAGGAAGCUGCCGAAGAGCCGCUGAUUGAGCCGCUGAUGGAUCCAGAAGAGGAAAGUUAUGAGGAACCCCCCCAGGAGGAAUAUCAGGAGUAUGAGCCAGAGGCGUAAGGGCCCAGGACGGCCCCCAACCAGCAGCACAAUUCCUUCCCUGUCCCUGCCCUCCCCGCCCUCCCCUAGAGCCAGGGUUGUCCUUCUCCCCGUUCCCCCCAAAUACAAGAUCUUCCUUCCGCUCUGAGGCUCCUCCUCAGAGCCUGUGUUAGUGUCUGUCCAUCUGUCUGUUCUACCCGCCCGCGUCCAACCCUGGGGCGUGGACAGGGUCGGGGGUGCGGCCGUGGCUGGGAGCCUCGCCCCACCAGCCUUGCCCCUCCCCGCCCCAUCCCGUCCAGUGUCUGCGUGGAUGUAGCAUGUUCUAUGUGUUUUUAAACGAAGAUCGCAAAGCGAUGCCUCCUCCCCGACCCCUGACAGAGGCUCUCGGACGGGCCUCCGGGCAGCCCCACAGCACCCCACACCACUCCCACAUCGACCCCAACAAUCUUUUUUUAAAAACCAAAACUAGGAGCCCGACUGUGCCAUGCCCCCUCCCUCAGCCGGCCCGGUCCGAGCGCGGGCGUCAUGUGUCGUGACUGUGGCAUGGAGAGUCGCCCACCCCCCGUGUGAGCGUGUCCCGGGCGGGCGGGUCCGGCCGCCCCCCGCGUGUCCAUGAAUAAAGCCAAUCUGUCUAGUCA